CCACCGCCACCGCCACCGCCGCGCGCUGGCGUGACUCCCGGCCCGCGCCGCGCCCUCCCGCGUCUGCAGCCGGCUCGGCUUCCUGCCCGCCCAGACGCUGCUUCUCCCGGUCUCCCGGUGUCGGCUCCGCGGAGGGAGAGGAGAUGAGUGCGGCGGCGCCGGCGCCCGAGCGGGGUUGGAAGAGCGAGAAAGUGGACGAGGCUCAGGCCCUGGCGCGGAGUUGCGCUGCCCGCAGACCCGACUUCCAGCCGUGCGACGGGCUCUCCAUCUGUGCCACGCACAGCCAUGGCAAGUGCUUCAAGCUGCACUGGUGCUGUCACCUAGGAUGGUGUCACUGCAAGUAUGUGUAUCAGCCUAUGACCCCCGUGGAGCAGCUUCCCAGCACUGAGAUUCCUGCGAAGCCUCGGGAACCCACAAACACCAUUCAGAUCUCAGUCUCACUCACCGAACACUUUAUGAAAUUUGCAUCUGUCUUCCAGCCUCCCCUGCCCCCUGAUUCUCCAAGGUACUGCAUGAUCUCAGACCUCUUUAUUGACAACUAUCAGGUUAAAUGUAUAAAUGGGAAGAUGUGUUAUGUGCAGAAGCAGCCAGCACCACAUUCCCACAAAAUGAGCCCUGAGGAGGUCUCUGCACACGAUGCCUUAAUUUCAAAAGAGAGCAAUACACCAAAAAUAGAUCACUGCUCUUCUCCCUCAAGUUCUGAGGACUCUGGGAUCAAUGCGAUCGGGGCUCACUAUGUGGAAUCAUGUGAUGAGGACACAGAAGAAGGGGCAGAACUGAGUUCAGAGGAAGAUUACAGUCCAGAGAGCAGCUGGGAGCCGGACGAGUGCACCCUCCUCUCCCCCUCGCAGUCUGACCUGGAAGUGAUUGAAACGAUAGAAACCACUGUGUGAGUGUCCAGGCAGGAAGCGUGUCCUUGAUCCACACGGAGCUUUUGUACUUCUGUCUGGUGGAUCCUUUUUCCAGUGCAGUUGGUAUUUCUACCCCUCUAACAACCAGAGCGACCAGUGGUCUGCUGAUUAGCUUCACCCUUAAAUUAGUCUUAUAACGAAGACAUUCUUUUUCUUAUAAAUGGUUUUCUUUUGUAUCUUCACUUACUUUCUAUGUAGCAUCUGGUGUCAUGAAUUGUGACCCAGCCUUAAUUUCACUGGGGACUUUGAAAGCGAUGAAGCAAUGAUCACAGAGUAUUGUGGAUCAGGUUGAGGAGCUACCCAGAGUGAACGAGACAGUAUUUUCUAAAUAGCCAGUUCUUCACACAAGAGCCCUUGGCACUCCUUUUGGCAUGCUGACAGGCACCCCGCCCCUGCCAGUCUCAUAUGGCAAUCAGCUCAUGUGAGGGGAAAGAGUGUGCACUGGAAGAUGCCAUUCUCUCCCUUUCCCCUUCUCACCACCUGCAUGGGUCCGGGCCAGUGUUGCCUCAGCUUACUUCUAGGAGGUUAGUGGAGGCCAGCUUGGCCCCUAGUUAUGGCCACUGUCUGCACAGCCCUUCAUGACCUGGGGCUGAGUUAGGCCUUCAUUUAAGAAGAGAUGACAUC